AUGUAUUUUGACAAUCUUGCUCUUAGCCUUCGAGACAGAUUCCAGCAGCAGGGUGCUGCUCCUGAUCUGGAUGGGGACAUUGAGCACCAUCGAACUGCGUUGCACCUAUACUCUCCAGUCAUUUUGCUUCUACCUCCACCAUUUUCAGACCUUAGAGGGCAGCUGAAGGAGGUCCAGCUAUCAUCGUCAAUGCUAAUCAGUGCAACUGCCAAAAUCUCUGAGUUGUCCUUCAAGUUCCAGUCCAUCGUAAAGCAAUUUGGUUCAUCUGAUCAUCAAAAUGAGCUUGUCAACAUUCUUUGCAAGCUUUGGGACCAUAUUGUCGACCCCAUGGUCCAAGCCUUUAUGAGUCAAAAGUUGGCCAUAACUCGCGUAUCUGAUGGUUGUCCCGCUGCUGAGUUCACACUGCUUCCUCUACAUGCCGCAGGGACCCUACGAGAAAAAGAGAAACCUCAAAUUUACUUUUCCUCUUACACCCCGACAUUGGUGAAUCUCAUUCGUGCGAGACAGCAGGUGUCAUUGGGUGAGAAUGGGUCAGGAAAUUCUACCUUCCUCCAAUCCAUUGCCAAGUACAGCCAACACAGACCGCAGGGCUGUAGCAUGUCAAAUCUCAGGGAAAGAGCACAGAUGAAGAAGGAUUAG